AUGGCAUCAGAGACACUCUACAAAGUGGGAGAUGGGGAGGAGACCAUGCUGAAGAAGGAAACCCUCAACAUUUUGAACACACUCAAUCAAAUGUCGAAGCCCUUUCCAAACCCCAAGUCUAUGAACAGGACCGUCACUACCAAAGGACUCCCACUUUCCUCAAGGGGCAGUUUGGUUAACUCCUUGAAGGAAGAUGCCAUCAAUCUACCGAAGCAGAUGCCAAUGGAGGAUUCUGAGUGCAGCUCCGAUGACACCAGCAUCUCCCCCAUGUCAUCCACUUUGUUGAAUCCCAUCAAAUUGGCCGUGACCCAGCCCAAUAGCAGCUUCUUUGCAGGGAUGCUGGAGGGCGAGCUGAACAAACUCAGCUUCUCCUCGAUGGGCAAGAGUACAGAAAAGGGGGACCUGGCCCUCUGCCCCCAAUCUAAGUCCCAAAUAGCCCCUGGUGGCCUGCUGGACCUUGACAACCCUGAGGUGGACACAGAUACCUCCUCAACGCCCUCAGAGUCCUCUGUGGUCCUGGAUGUGCCGGAGGCGCCCUUCAUCUGUGAACAUACGGUCAGCGAUUCCACGGCUGUGAUUUCCUGGACCUACGCCCCAGGCAAGCAGCAGGUCAGUUUCUACCAGGUCCUGUUGCAGGAGGUGGUCAGGAAAAAUGAUAGUGAGAUGCCCAAGGCAAAGAAUCGCCCAUGGAUCUUCAAUAAGAUCUUGGGCACCACCGUCAAGCUGAUGGAACUGAAGCCUAACACGAGUUACUGCCUGACUGUCCGCGCAGCCAACAUCGCUGGGGUGGGGCAGUGGUGCAAGCCCUACAAAUUUGCAACUGUGGCUACAGACUUGAACAGCUUCCCCGAGAACAAUCCCAUCCAGAUCACCGUGCGGCGCAGGGAACCCCAGCGGAAAACCAUGUCCAUCGGGUUGGAGGACAUGCGGAGGCUAGAAGAUCUGGAAUACCUCUUUCCCUACUAA